ACUGAACGUGCUGGAAAGAUGGCGGCGUUUGUGCCAGCCUGGGAAGUUGUUUAACUUACGAGAUGAUAGAGAGCUGUUGCACUUUCUUCAUAGGCAAAAUAAAAACAAAUAUUACACAUUUUGGAAUCGCUUGUAGGUCAAUUAGAUGGACUGUGUGAAGUCACAGGAAGUGAAAUCUGGUCAAAACAAACAAAAAAGAAACACCCAUAUAUGCUGAGAACAAAUGACUUAGAGACCACCUGCCUGACUACUGUCAGAGCGAGAGCGAGGGAGUGGGUUUGGGACUGACCUUGUCCACGUAGUGUUUAGUCUGUUAAAUACUGCUAGUGAAGAAAACAAAGUAUGGAAUGUUAAAUUUUCCAUUGCAGAGUAUGACUACUACUUUUAGACAAACAGCAUUCGAAUAGGACAGUGUUGCCAGCCACUCCCUAUUUGAUUAUGUACAUUUGAGUAUAAUUAUUUGAUUGUGGAAAUGUCUUGCUUCAUGUCUACGGGCUGACGUGAGUGAGGCUCUUAAUAAAUUACGGCUGAUCGAGAAGAUUCGACUACCGGUAAACCCUUUAGGAAUAAUAAUAAUAAUAAUAAAAACAAAAACAGAUGAAUUAGUGUAAAAGAGCAGUGUGCAAGCAUGACCUACCGUAAGUUAUUCAAUUAUGUGUACGUUGCACGACCAGCUCUGUCUGUUUUGAAGUGGAAGGACAAUGUAUUUCUCUCUGUACCUCUGGUGCUUGGAGUUCGCAAUGUUUUUACAAAUAGCUCGGAAGGUAAUGCUGGAUUUAAACCUGCGAAAGUUGCUGUGGUAACAAAAACAACCAGAUGCGAGUUUGAACAGCAGAGAUACAGGUGUUCUGGGCUUUCUGAACAGGAUCUGAAGCAACUGCUUGCAAUGAAAGGAUCAAGCUACAGUGGACUGCUGGAGCGCCACAAUAUCCACACUAAGAAUGUAGAGCACAUUGUUGACAGUCUACGAAAGGAGGGGAUUGAGGUCCGACUGGUGAAAAGAGGGGAAUACAAUGAAGAGACUGUCCAGUGGGCUGAUGCCAUUGUGUCUGCCGGUGGUGACGGCACCAUGCUGCUAGUGGCCAGCAAAGUUGUGGACCGCUUUAAACCAGUUGUGGGAGUGAACACCGACCCAGAAAGAUCUGAGGGGCACCUGUGCUUGCCCGUGCGCUACACAAACUCCUUUCCAGAAGCCCUACAGAAACUUCAGCGAGGAGAAUUCAGGUGGCAGUGGCGUCACAGGAGCCGGAUUUACCUGGAAGGAACUGGAAUAAACUUGACCCCUGUGGAUCUGCAUGAGCAGCAAAUGAGCCUUGAGCAGCACAGCAAGGCUCACAGGAUCAGCAUGAACUCCAGCCACAAGUCAGAGGAGACUUCUGGACCACACCUUCUCCCUGUUAGAUCCUUGAAUGAAGUCUUUAUUGGGGAGUCGCUGUCUUCCAGGGCGAGCUAUAAAUCCUACAAACCCAGUUUCACAUUCUCGCUUCAUAGGGCCUCGUAUUAUGAGAUCUCAGUAGAUGAUGGACCCUGGGAAAAGCAGAAGAGCUCUGGGGUCAAUGUGUGCACUGGAACGGGAUCUAAAGCCUGGUCCUGCAACAUUAACAAACUGGCAUUCCAGGCAGUGGAAGAUGUUCUCAAAAUUGGCAACAAGCUAGCCGGGCUGAAUCUUACUUUGGACAAGGAGCAAAUCGAAAAAGUUACAGAGGAAUACAAUGAUUCCCUGGUGUUUAAUCCUGAAGAGCCCAAGAUGUUUUUCAGUGUGAGGGAACCAAUUGUUAAUCGAGUCUUCUCCAGCAGCCGUCAGCGUGGCUUCACUACAAAGGUCUGUGUCCGCUCGCGCUGCUGGGAUGCCUGUAUGGUAGUUGACGGAGGGACAUCUUUUGAGUUCAAUGAUGGGGCGCUAGCCACUAUAGAAAUGAAUGAGGACGAUGCUCUUCUCACUGUUGUACUUGAAUAGAAACUGCUGUGCCUCCAGACACUCCAUAUCACAAGGAUCACACGCUCAGGGCACUUGCAUAAAUAACAUGGGCCACUCUGAGGACUGUAAAGAGUCUAGGCUAGAAGCAAUCAGAGUACAAAAAAUAAAGCAAAAAGGGUAGGAAUGACACUAUCCACUGUACCCUAAACAUUAUUUAAGAGGUUUUUACAUGGUUGGUUUGAGAUUAUCAUUUGGAUAUGGAACUUCAGUACAACAGGGAAGGUGUUACUUGGUUUCUAUACUGUAUAUUUCACGAGGAAUAGCACCUCUAUGUAUGCAUUUCCGUUUUGUGGAAGUCGGCAAUUAAGCCAGAUAUUGGAGUCGCAUCUUCUGCUGAAGAUCUUUAAAAACAGUUUGCCAUUUGUAUUAAUGUUAUCUGAAGUUCUUUUGUCUGAUUUCAGGACUAGCUAAUGCUGUCUUGGUAUCUUGGGUCAUGCAAUCCAAGUUGAAUGCUAAUUAGGGUCUGGGAAACCAGAUGUUUAGUCCCGGUUGGCACUUACUUAUCAGUUUUGCUACCCUGCUGAGCCAUAUAACUCCAAACACGCCCUUGACUUGCACAGCUGGCCAGUAGGUUAAGACUUAUUAGCAUUAAUCUACAUGGAAACACUGUUGUGCUGACGUGCAGAAAAUAUAUAUUUACCUAAUAAAUGACUUUCAAUAGAUUGAUAUAUUUUCAACUGUAGCUUAGGUAUGGUAAACUUUUUGGAUCAAUGGAGUGAUGCCAUUUUUUUUAUUGUUUGUGGAGGUGUAACUGUGCUUUAGUUAUAUGUAUAUAUAUAUAUACACACACACACACACACACACACACACACACACACACACACACACACACACACACGUACAUUUGUUUAUAGUGUUUAUGAGGGCUUUGCUUUGACUCACUAUUUUUAUUUACUAUUCCUAACUCCAGUCAAACGAAACUGCACAUGGGGAAAGUCAACAACAAACAACAUAUUUGGGCACUUUUAGUUUGUUUUAAAAAAACAAUAAUGACUGUUUAAUAUAUAUUUUUUAAACACAGCAAAGACUUGGCCUUUGUCUUCAUAAAGUAGGUUUUGUCAGACUUUCUUUCCUUGUGGAGACUUUUUUGACCCAGCAAGCACUGUAAACCUACGCACACGCACAUGCACGCAAACACAAGAACACAAGGCUGGUUAUUAGCAACGACCUCUUUCAGUUAACAAAAUUUUCCCAGGAACCAAUCCCGCCCCAUAGACUUUCAUGUUAGUGGGAUUCUGAUAUUAGCAACUGCACGCCGCUUAUUGCUACAGAGCGUACUUGCAUGAUUUAUAUGCAUACUUCAUGCAACUUUUAUAAUGCACUGAAUUCGCAACUGCGUAUUUCUGGUGGACUGAGGCAGAAUCGUGGCUUUGAAACUGGCUAUGA